CUUACACACACACACACACGUACACUCUUACACACACACACACACACACACACACUUAUAGAAACACACUCACACACACUCUCUCUCUCACACACACAUUCACUCACACACACACCCACGCAUCUGAGCGCAGUGACUCAUUUAGACCUGCAGUUCACAGGAAGUGAAGUUCUAAAGGCACUCCAGGUCAAACAAUACACCACCGACAGAACGACAAAGAGAGAGAAGGAGGGAAAGAGAAAAAGAAAGAGAGGAAGAAAGAGAGAGAGAGAGUGUGUGUGAGAGAGAGAGCGAGAGAGAGAGGGAAGUGAGUAUGUAAGUUAGAACAAGAGAAAAACAGACAGAGCGAACAAGAAGAAAGAGUUAGAAACAUAAAAAAGAGAAAAGAAAGAGACACCGACACAAAGAUAAGAACACAGAGAGAAAAGAAAAACGUCAAGAAGAAAAAGAGAGAACAAGAGGGCAUAAAGGAACAGGGGAAACAGACGAAAGAGAAAAAUCAAACAGCAAUAAAAACAGAGAAUAAUAGAGAGAGAGAUAACCAAAGAGAUAAGAGAGACAGUGUGUGAGGGAGACAGAGAGAGGGAGAUCUGUAGAUGAACGAUGGAUGAAGACGUCAGGAUGAGAGGAAUGCUGUAUCAGUUUCAGCAUCGCUUCGGAAAGAAGUGGAGGAAGGUGUGGUGUGUGUUGUCGGCUGACAGUAUGAAUGGUGCGGCUCGGUUGGAGCUGUACGAGUUCCGGCAGGCGUCGGUGACCGAGGGUCUGAGCGGGAAACGCUCCGAGGGGAAGAAGGUGAUCCUGCUGAGGGACUGCGUUCAGAUCCUAGAGAAGGUCGGCACUGAGUGUCCCAAAAACUGCAGCCCCUUCCAGAUGGAGACCACCAACAAACUCUUCACCUUCGCCGCCCAGACCCCCGACGUCCAGAGCUGGGUCCAAGAACUCUGCAGACUGGCCUUUCCUUUGAACCGAGCUGAGGGCAGAUCAUCCGGGCCAACCGCCGUCCUUCACCCUCCUGUGAGAGAUCACUCAGCCGUGGAGAUGAAGGAAAACUCUCUGUACGAGCCCGCCGCCAGCUUGCGAGAUUUCCUGGUCAUCGCCAUGGGGACGGAAGCGGCGCUGAGGUGUAAACUGUAUGGAGAAUAUAUUCUGACUCCUCACGAUGACCGAAUUCUGCUGAAGGACCACAAAACCAAGCAGGUCCUCUUCUCCUGGCCGUACUGCUUCAUCAGGAAAUUUGGGCAGGACAGGCUGUCGUUCUCCUUCGAGGCCGGGCGCCGGUGCGAGUCUGGUGAGGGAAACUUUGAGUUUACGACGAACCAAGGCGACCGAAUCUUUAAAAUCGUCAGCGGCUACAUCCAGAACCUUCCGCAGUCCAAGAAACCGGGCAGAGAAAUUAAACCCAGGCCUGUAGAGAUGGUAGACACACCCCCUCCUCAGAGCAUGGACGACACCUGCACGUACAGUACAGUAAACCUCGUGCCGUACAAUGUUUCAGGCCAGGACUUUUCCUCCAGUCCCAAACAGCGUUCAAUAAAAAAGCUGAGCCCAACCUUCAGGAGCUUGUCUCUGAACGCCAUCGAGCCUCCAAACAAAAGUCAAGUGAGGAGCAUCAACAGCUGCCCCUCAACAACAUCAUCAUCCAGCACUUCUUUCACUGCAUCUUUUACUGCGUCUUCUACCACAUCCUCCGAUGCCCCCCAGGGCCAGGAGCCACUUUACGCUACUGUUACCAAGCCCCGCUUCCUCAACGAGACAAAGAACGACCAGAAGAGCCACUGGCACGGCUUCAAUGACUACGUCCACCAGCUCGAUCCUCUGCCUGAUCCUCCGGAGGACGUGGACUAUUCUUUUCUAGAAGAGGAGUCCAGCGAAAUGCUGCCGGGCGACCUGCCGAACCAGUCUGAGGACUACAUCGAAGAAGACGUUUACUCAGAGCCCAAAGACUACGAUGGUCGCGCUUUCUGGGAGGUAACCAGGGAAUACCAAUUCCCAAAGGAGAUCCUGGGUGAAGGGGAGGUGGAGAACGGUGGAGAAGAAGAGCAAACAGAGGGAUUCUUCACUUACGAUAAUCUGAUGAGUCGAGGAAAGAUGCUGUAAAUGCUUGUAAACAGUGAGUCCACCAAUAGGAGGCGCUGUGUACAAACUUUUACACUGUUCCAACAUGUCAAAUCCUUUAUAGCAAUGUUUUUAUUCUGUAGGCCCCAGUGGUCAGCAUUGGUACUGCUACUGAAAUAGUAAAUCCACCAAUAAAUAGGAGGCGCUGUGUUUAAAUUUCCAUACUGUGCAAACAUGUUCAAUUCUAAGCAGUGGAUUUCAACCUGUGGUCCAUGGCCGCUCAGUGGUCAUCAGUAGUACUGCAACUAAAAAGUUGUUAAAUCCACCAAUAGGAAGCACUGUGUUCAAAUAAAAAAAAAAUCGGAUUUGUAUACAGUUUAUCUAUUAAUAGAAAGGUGCAGUCUUCAAAUUUCAAAAUUUCAAAUUUUAGUUCUGUCCGGACGCUGAGUUUCAUCUCCUUGCUUUUAAUAAAAUAGCUAUUUGCCCAUUGCCACACACCCUAAUUACACUUUGCAUAUUACCACGGAGAUCCGUGUAAACAUAACAGCUAGUGGAAAUGGAGGAGCUACUGAACGAGAUGUCACGUGACUGACAAAGCUAAAAAAAACUCACUGGUCCUCCUGUUUUUUCAGUUGCAGUCCAGAUGCAGGAGUUUUAUCACUGAGUAGAAUUGUAAAAUAUUUUUCACAGACGUCCCCCUGAGAAACUAAUCCCAUCCGGAAAGGGCUAAAGAUUCUGUAGCAGUGUUUUUCAACCUAUUGGCCAUGCCCCCUCUGUAGGAUGCAGUAGAACUG